AAAUACAAUACUACUAUUUCUAUAAUAUAUAUAUCCAAAUCGAUACCAUUGUUCCAUUUCAGUCUUCGUUCCCACCUUCAACUCCAACAUGGAUUUUUCUUCUUUCAUCUCUCACUUCAACUGCUUCAGAGCCUCUGCCAAUUCGUUUCUCUCUCAAUACGAACCUCUCGCUCUGCUUCUCCUUCCUCUGUUCUCUAUCCUUCUCGCUCACUCUCUUCGUUCCUUCUUCAACCUCCUCCUCGAUAAAGGACUCAAAGCUACACUCCUAGGGUUUCUCAUUAACUCUGUCAAAUUGAUCCCUGGCGUGAAGAGAUAUAUAGAUGCGGAGAAACGGAAGGUUGUGGAUAAGCUGCAGUCUGAUAGUAAAUCUAAAAGAGAAGGUUGGGAAACUGAGUUGCCAAGCAUAGGAUUAGGGACAUCUGUCCUUGAAAAAAUGACAGAAGAGAAAAGAAAUGAUGCAGUUUGGCGAGGCAAAUGCUCUGGUACAGUCUACAUUGGAGGAAGUGAAUCUGAUGGACAUUUUUCUCUGAUAAAUGAGGCAUGUUCAAUGUUCGCACAUACCAAUCCCCUGCAUUUGGAUGUAUUCCAGAGUGUUGUGCGCUUUGAGGCAGAAGUGGUUGCAAUGACAGCUUCACUUCUUGGAGGUAAGGAAAAGAGUUCUGGAGGACAAAUAUGUGGCAACAUGACAUCAGGGGGGACUGAAAGUAUAUUAUUAGCGGUCAAAUCAUCCCGUGACUAUAUGAGAUCUAUGAAAGGAAUUAGAAGACCUGAAAUGGUAAUUCCUGAGUCUGGACACUCAGCGUAUGACAAGGCCGCACAGUAUUUUAAUAUCAAACUAUGGCGUAUUCCCGUUAACAAAAAUUUUCAAGCUGAUGUGAAAGCAAUUCGACGUCAUAUUAACAAAAAUACCAUUUUGAUAGUUGGAUCUGCUCCUGGCUUUCCUCAUGGAAUAAUUGACCCCAUCAAAGAACUUGGUCAUCUGGCAUCAAUCUUUGGUAUUUGUUUCCAUGUGGAUCUUUGCCUUGGUGGCUUUGUAUUACCUUUUGCGCGUGAGCUUGGGUACCAAAUUCCACCUUUUGAUUUUUCUGUUAAAGGGGUUUCUUCAAUAUCAGUGGAUGUGCAUAAAUAUGGUUUAGCUCCCAAAGGAACAAGUGUAGUUCUGUAUAGGAACCAUGAAAUCAGAAAGCAUCAAUUUGUUGCUGUUACUGAAUGGUCUGGUGGGUUGUACGUGUCUCCCACCAUAGCUGGAAGCAGGCCUGGAAGUCUUAUUGCUGGUGCAUGGGCAGCAGUGAUGUCUCUAGGGAAAGAAGGUUACUUGGAAAAUACAAAAGCAAUUAUGGAAGGGUCAAGAAAAAUACAGAAAGGCAUUGAGGAGAUAGCUGAAUUGUUUAUUGUUGGAAGACCAGACAUGACGAUUGUGGCUUUUGGAUCUGAUGUUCUGGAUAUAUUUGAAGUCAAUGAUGUUAUGUCAUCCAAAGGGUGGCACUUAAAUGCAUUGCAGAGACCCAACAGCAUCCAUAUCUGUGUGACACUACAACAUGUACCAAUUGUUGACGACUUUCUCAAGGAUUUGAAGGAAUCUGUGAAAACUGUGAAAGAGAAUCCAGGUCCAAUAAGUGGAGGCCUAGCACCUAUAUAUGGCGCCGCAGGGAAGAUGCCAGAUAGAGGCAUGGUCCAGGAAUUGCUGGUAGAUUUUAUGGACGGUACCUGCUAGCGUUUGUACCAGAUUUUUCUGGUAACCUGUACUGUAGUGGUCCUUUAGUUAAUAAUAUUCGAUUUUACUGUGCAAUGCAUUCUUUCAUAUUGGGUUAAAAACUAAAUAUAGAACUGAAAAAUAAAGCCCGCUUGUUUGUGUGCCGUUGUACAUUUAAGAGGCCACAUCAUUUGGAUUCACAUCCGAGCAUAAUCAUGGGAGAAAGUUCGUUGCUAUUUCGUUAUCUUGACGUUAAAUCCGGGGGUACUGAAACUCCCAGAGCCAGAAACAAUGUACAUGUGAUUGAUUGUACGAAAACAAAAUUCAUAAUCAUUAACACGGGUAAAAAUCAAGGUUACAGACAAAUGUAAGAAUUUAUUUUGAAUAUAUUGAUCGUAUAUUCACAUUGUUAUCUUAUUAUGAAUUAUUGACGAGAAUUUUUUACUU